AUGCUCGGGCUGUUGGCUGCGUAUCAGAGCGACAUCCCCCUGAUCGAAGAGCUCGAGGGGUACGAAGCCAGCGCAACCACCAUCGUGUAUGACGAGAGCGGAGUCGAAAUCGGGCAGUUCGCCGUCGAGCGCCGCAUCGAGUUGGAUUUCGAGGAACUGCCCCAGCACCUUCGGGACGCCCUGGUGGCGUCCGAGGAUCAGCGUUUCUGGCGUCACUUCGGUUUCGAUCCCAUCGGCAUCGCGAGGGCGCUGUGGGACAACUCCCGGACCGGCCGCAUCGUCUCCGGGGCGAGCACGAUCACGCAGCAGGUGGCGCGCGAGCUGUUCCUGAACCGGGAAGAAACGCUCGAGCGAAAGAUCAAGGAAGCGAUCACGGCCUUCCGGAUCGAACGGGCAUACCGCAAGGAGGAGAUCCUCACCUUCUACGCCAACCAGGUGUUCCUCGGUUACGGAAACCAUGGCGUCGAGGCGGCGGCCCAGUUCUAUCUGGGCAAGAGCAGUCCGGACCUCUCCGUCGGAGAGGCGGCCAUGCUGGUCGGCAUCGCUCCCAACCCCGCCCGCUUCAACCCGUUCCGGAGUCUCGAGGCGGCCGAACAGCGGCGGGACAUCGUGCUGGAACGAAUGGUCGCCGAGGACUUCCUUUCUUCGGACGAGGCGCAGACAGCCCGGGAACAACCCAUCCGGCUCCGCUCGCGCGGCAGGGACCGCUUCGCCCCUCACUUCAUGGAGAUGGUGCGCGGCUAUCUGCGGGACCACUACGGAGACUCGAGGACCUACCGGGGGGGACUUCGGGUUUACACGACACUCGACAGCCGAAUGCAGCGGGAGGCCAACGAGUCGGUGGAGCUGUCGCUGCGCGCCCACGACAAGCGGCAGGGAUUUAGGGGGUUCGCCAGGAACGUCGUCGACGAGGGAGUCGAGCCCACGAAUACGAGGACGACUCCUGGAGCGCCCCGCUCGCCAGUGGGAUCGGUGGUGCGGGGGGUGGUGACCGCAGCCGGGCCGGAGCCGGAGAUCCGGAUCGCCGACUACCGGGCGCGGGUGGACGCCGAGUCACUCCUGUGGACCUUCGAGACCGCCGAAGCGCUCUUCCGGGUAGGCGAUGUCGGCGAUUUCCGCAUUCUGGCCAACGAAUCCGAACCAGGGGAGGAGGAGACCGGGGAGGAGGAGACCCCCGAAGCGUCCACACAGGGGCGCCUCAACCUGGAAAAGCCCCUCGUAGUCCGGCUCGAACAGGAGCCGCUGGCCGACGGUGCCUUCCUGGCCCUGGACAUUGAGACCGGAGCCAUCCGGGCCGUGGUCGGCGGGUUUGACUUCGAGCGCAGCGAGUUCAACCGGGCGAUCCAGGCGCGCCGGCAGCCAGGGUCGUCGUUCAAACCGUUCGCCUAUGGAGCGGCCCUCGCUACCGGGCGGCUCGCUCCCACGUCACUCCUGCUGGACGAGCCCUUCACCUGGAUCGAUCCGGUGAGCGACGAACCGUACGAACCCCAGAACUACGACGGCCAACACCUCGGCUGGAUCACGAUGCGGAAGGCCUUCGAGGGUUCGCGCAACGUGCCGGCGGUGCGGAUGGUUCACGACAUCGGCCCCGAAAACGUCGUCGCGCUGGCGCGCCGGCUGGGGAUCCGCGGGGAACUCCUCCCGGUGCUCUCAAUCACCCUCGGCUCGAGCGGCGUCACUCUCCUGGAGAUGGUUUCCGCGUACAGCGCGUUUCCCAACCAGGGCGUCCGGAUGGAUCCGUUCUUCGUCGCGCGAAUCACGGACCGCGACGGGCGGGAAUUGGAGCGCUUCUAUCCGGAGACCGCGUCGGUCAUUCCCGCGGAUCUUGCGUACGUCAUCACCCACCUGCUCGAGGGGGUGGUGGCGCGCGGCACCGCCGCAGGAGCACGCCGGCUCGGCCGGCCGGUCGCCGGCAAGACCGGCACCACGAACGAGUUCACGGAUGCCUGGUUCAUCGGCUUCGACCCCGAGAUCGCCGCGGCUGUCUGGAUCGGCAACGACGGAAACGAGACGCUGGGAGAACGCGAAAGCGGCGCUCGGGUGGCGCUGCCUGCCUGGGUCCGUUUCAUGGAAACCGGGCGCCCCGACCCUCCACGGCACGGCUUCCGGGCGCCACCCACGGUGGCGCUCGUUGCGGUGGAUCUCGAAAGCGGACAGCCGUCCGAGGGGGGGCCCAACACGAUCAUGGAAGCCUUCCUUCCGGGUACGGAACCCGUCGCUGGCUACGAUCGCUAG